GUAGGCACAAAGCAGGCAUUCCUGGAGAACAUGGAUGGAGCUGAAAAUCUGACAGUAUCUUCUGCCAGUAAUAACAUAUGCCAUGAUACGAUCGACGAGUUCCGCAAUCAAGUGUACUCCACAAUGUAUUCUAUGAUCUCUGUUGUGGGUUUCUUUGGCAAUGGCUUUGUGCUCUAUGUCCUCAUAAAAACAUAUCAUGAGAAAUCAGCCUUCCAAGUAUACAUGAUUAAUCUAGCCAUAGCAGAUCUACUGUGUGUAUGCACAUUACCUCUCCGUGUGGUCUAUUAUGUUCACAAAGGCAAGUGGCUCUUUGGUGACUUUUUGUGCCGCCUCACCACCUAUGCCUUGUAUGUUAACCUCUAUUGUAGCAUCUUUUUUAUGACAGCCAUGAGCUUUUUUCGAUGUGUUGCAAUUGUUUUUCCAGUCCAGAACAUUAAUUUGGUUACACAGAAAAAGGCCAGGUUUGUGUGUAUUGGAAUUUGGAUUUUUGUCAUUCUGACUAGUUCUCCAUUUUUAAUGUCCAAAUCUUACCAAGAUGGCAAAAACAAUACUAAAUGCUUUGAGCCUCCACAGGACACUCAAGGUAAAAAAUAUGUCUUGGUCUUGCAUUAUGUGUCAUUAUUCUUUGGCUUCAUUAUCCCUUUUGUCAUCAUAAUUGUCUGUUACACAAUGAUCAUUCUGACCUUACUAAAAAAUUCAAUGAAGAAAAAUCUGCCAAGUCGUAGAAAAGCUAUAGGAAUGAUCAUAGUUGUGACAGCUGCCUUUUUAAUUAGCUUCAUGCCAUAUCAUAUUCAACGAACUAUCCACCUUCACUUUCUACACAGUGAAAAUAGACCCUGUGAUUCUGUACUCAGGAUGCAGAAGUCAGUGGGCAUAACCUUAUCUCUAGCUGCAUUGAACUGUUGCUUUGACCCUCUCCUAUAUUUCUUUUCAGGCGGAAAUUUUAGGAGAAGACUCUCUACAUUUAGAAAGCAUUCUUUGUCCAGUAUGACUUACAUACCCAAGAAGAAAGCUUCCUUGCCAGAGAAAGGAGAAGAAAUAUGUAAAGAAUAA